CCGGCCGGCAGACGAGGUGCAGGAGGUCGUGCACUUCCCGGCCGCCGAGCACCCGCCGGGCGCCGCGCUGGAGUGCACCUACAUCAGCAUCGAGCAGGUGGAGAGGACCCACGCCGUGGUCCUGAGCCGCCCUUCCUGGCUCUGGGGGGCCGAGAUGGGCGCCAACGAGCACGGCGUGUGCAUCGGCAACGAGGCGGUGUGGGGCAGGGAAGAGAUCUGCGAUGGAGAAGCUCUCCUCGGCAUGGACCUCGUAAGGCUUGGACUUGAGAGAGCAGACACAGCUGAAAAGGCUCUUAGUGUCAUAGUUGAUUUGCUGGAAAAAUAUGGACAGGGAGGAAACUGUAUGGAGAGCAACAUGGCAUUUACAUACCACAACAGUUUUCUGAUAGCCGACAGAAAGGAGGCAUGGGUGCUGGAGACAUCAGGAAAAUACUGGGCAGCAGAAAAAGUAGAAGGAGGUGUACGGAAUAUUUCCAACCAGCUCUCUAUCACAACCAAGAUUGACAGAGAACACCCAGAACUGAAGGAAUAUGCCAAAAGCAAUGGCUGGUGGGAUGGGGAAAAGGAAUUUGAUUUUGCUGCAGUGUAUUCUUAUGUCAAUACUGCCAGAAUGACCACAUCCGGAGGCCGAUAUUGUGAAGGCUAUAAACUUCUGAACAAACACAAAGGAUCUAUCACUUCUGAAAUAAUGAUGGAAAUUCUUCGUGACAAAGAGAGUGGCAUUAACAUGGAAGGUGGAUUUAUGACAACUGGCAGCAUGGUGUCUGUACUGCCUCAGCAGCCUAAUCUUCCCUGUAUUCACUUCUUUACUGGAACUCCAGAUCCUGCCAGAUCUGUAUUCAAGCCUUUCAUUUUUGUGCCCGGUAUUACUCAGUUAUUAAAAACUACAUCCCCUACAUUUGGUCAUGAUGAUCCAGUUAAGAAGCAACCACGUUUUCAGAGUAAGCCAGAUCGAAGACAUGAGCUCUAUAAAAAACAUCAAAGUGCUGCUGUAGUUAUGGAAACUAUCAAGGACAAAGGUAAAGAAAUGCUCCAAGAGAUACAGGAGUUGGAGAAACAGAAGAUAAGUCAAAUGGAAUCAAUCCUGCAAAAUGGAUGCCUUGAUAUUAACCAAGUAGUUAAUCUUUUUUCACAGUGUGUAGAAGAAGAACUCAAAAUAUAUAGCUAAUAAUAUUA